UGUGAUGUGGUAUUGGGAAAUUGAUAUCUAGGGUAUUUAUAAUUUUUAUUAUGGAUUUUAGUAAUAUUUAUUAAUUUUAAUUUCAUAUGUAAGCCAUAAAUAUUUAUUAUGGAUCCCCUUAAAUUUUAGACAAUGCUCUCUUUCAAAGUUUUUACUAUACUUUUAAUAUUACUACAAAUUUCAUCUUCUACACUUGUUUUUAAUCGUAAUGUACAAUAUUUUUCACAACUCACACCGGAAUCUCACAACUUCCACAACAAAAGUUGGAUUAGAAAUUGGAUUAGAAAUGUAUCGCAGGGAAAUUAUUUAUUCAUUAAUAAUUUGUCACGUUUGAAUUUGACUCCAAGGUCCGUUCGGUUAUUUAACACUGAGAAAAAUCUCGAGACUGAGGUGGCGGAUUUGUACACAGGUUUAAAGGACAAGAAAUGGUCCUUCUCAGACUUGCAAAAACGUCUGACAGACUCGGGAAUUACGCUUGACGGCUGUAAUAAGCCGGACGACGUAAUCCGUAGAGUUGCAGAGUUAUCUCUCUUGGGUAAAGAAGCUUUGGAACGGAAAUUAGAAGAGGAAAAUCCCGAAUUUCAGUCGGAAUAUAAUAAUUUAUUAACUUCACUUAAGUUGGAAUAUGAGCCACUGACGAAAAAGGAGAGAAGGGAAUUUAUUAAUUCUCUGGUGGAAAGGCUCCAGAAAUAUGAUGUUAAAGUACCCAAAAAUUCAGCAGACGUUGAUAUUAUUGAUCUCACAGCAAGGACACAAUCCAAACAUAAAUUACUCCACAAACUUCCUCAGCCCAUGAAUCCUGGAGUUAGAACGGUUGAGGCGUAUAAAUCUGAAGCUGACUCCAUCUUUAACAUUUACAACAAAGUUAAAAAUGACAAUUACCUCAAAAAAAGUUUGUUGGAUGAGAUGAGGAAUGAGUUGAUAAUGUCGAGUGUUGACUUUGAGGAUUGUAAGACUGACGAGGAUUUGAUUAACCGUUUGUCAUACUCCAGAGUAUUCCCGCGAGAAUCCUCGCCCAAACUUAACAAAAGAGGUAAAAAAUUCUUAAGACGAAACCCUCUUGAAUCUUUAUUCAACAUUCACACCAAUUUCUCAGACCUAUCCCAAAACUUCUCAGAUUUCUCUCAGCUAUUCCAACAAUCCCAAGAGAAUUCUGAGUUCACAGAGAACUCUGAGUUCACAGAAAAUUCUGAGUUCCCGGAGAAUUCUGAUGACGGGAUAUCAGUUGACAUGUCCGGAUUUGAGCGGGAGUUUGAGAAUUCACUGUUUGGCGAUUUUGGCAUGGGAAAUGACAUGUUUGACGGCAUGAACUUUAACGGAUUCUCCAUUUUCAAAGACAUCGCAUCAAUGUUCGGCAUCAACCCCAAGAAAUUCUCCAAACUACAGUUCAACAAGGAUCACAAUAAGUCACUACGGUUUAAAGGUGAACAGAGCUCAGGAUACACAAAGGAAUCGGAAUCCACAGAAUUGGAAUCCACAGAAUUGGAAUCUACAGAAUCCACAGAGUCUGACACUGGACACAUAGAAACCGAUCCCUCACUGAUAUUAUUACAACAAAAAGCAAGAGGAACCGGAGACCUCAAACUACAAAAUAUACUCAAUAAAGCCAUACAAGACCCUGGAUUGAGGGAUGUGUUGAAGAUGGCGGCGACGAAAGGGUAUGAGCAGGCGAGAAAACACUGUGACGGAAAUGUCAAAGCCCUGUACAUACUCGAAAAAUUAAACGACAAACACAUCUGGUCAUAA